AUGGCUAGCCCUCCUGUGCUAGCCUUCGAUGCUGAGGGCCGCCCAGUGAAGUUCGACACCUGGCUUGAUGACCUACACCUCUUCCUACAGCUCACUGCCAAGGAAGACAUCUCGCUGUACGAUCACGCCUUAGGCCACGCUACUGCUCCUGCUGCUACUGCUGACAGCACUGCUCGCUCUCAGUGGCAGACUCGUGACGCCCAUGCUCGCUUCGCUAUUCGCAACUCUCUGCCGAUAGAUGAGCGCGAGCACUUUGGGCAGCACAAGACUGCGCAAGCACUGUACACUGCUGUCGUUGCCCGCUACUCCUCACCGGCCUCUGCCGCUCUAGGCCGCCUCUCUCUUCCCUACCUGUUCCCCGACUUAGCUUCCUUCCACACUGUCGCUGAUCUCAUUACCCACCUCCUCACUAGUGAGGCUCGCUUCCGCGCCGCUAUGCCUGAUGAGUUCCUUGCCACGAACCCACCCCCGCUCUGGCUCACUCUCUACCACCUAGUCACGCGCCUCCCUGACUCGCUGCGCUCAGUCAGGGACCACUUCCUCGCUCGCUGCCCCACCGAGCUCACCAUUGCCCUCCUCGAGAAGGAACUCCUUGCAGCCGAGACUAGCAUAGUCGCUGUAGGUGCCUCUCGCGGUGACCCCCGUACCCCGUUCUUUGAGGGGUGUUCUCCCUCCCCCCUUCUUCCCUCUGUCGCCUCUGCUGCUGCUGUUGACCUCCUUGGUGCUGAGAAGGUCGGGACUGCGUCUGCUUCGAGCGGGCGCCGCAGCGGCAAGGGCAAGGGGGGCAAGGGCGGUAGUGGUGACAGCGGGGGUGGCGGUGGUGGGGGAGGUGGUAGCGGGGGAGGUGGCGCGGGUGGGGGAGGUGGCAGCAGUGGUGGGGGUGGCGGCAGCGGCGGGGGAGGUGGCCGGGGCGGAGGAGGUAGUGGGGGUGGCGGUGGACGAGGCGGCGGCCGGGGUUGGGGUGGUCGAGGAGGUGGUAGCGGCGGUGGUGGUUGUGGAGGCACUGGCGGUGGCCAGGGCCAGCAGCACACUCCCUCGCCCCAGGAGGUCCGUGAGUGGUACUCUCAGCACGGGGGGGGGGGGGGUGGCCUUAGCUGCGAGUACGUCAUUCGCACUGGUGACCGCACUGGCCAGCCGUGUGGGGGACCACACGCCACACAGCGUUGCUUUGCUCGCCUCAGCGAUGCUUGGCGUGUUCAGUUCCCUCAGGCCACUGAGCUGCCCCGCUGGCUUGAUCUCCUGAAGAAGGGGAUUGAUAUCUAUGCUCUAGACUUUGAUGCUAUUCUCUCUGCCAUGUAUGUGAUGUCUACUAGUGGAGAGGGUUCUGAGUACCUGAGUGUCCCGCCCGACCCGGGCAUUAGGACUAGUGCGUCUGCCGCUCCAGGUACUCACGUGUCUACUACCCCAGGUGCUGGUGAGGCUGCUGCUCUAGGUGCGUGCGUGUCUGCCCCCCCUAGUACGGUGUCGACUGCAGCACUGCACACCUUCACGCUGGAUUCAGGUGCCUCUCGCUGUUUCUUUCGUGACCGCACUGCCCUUGAGCCCCUUGCUCGGCCAGUUGCUGUCUCCCUUGCAGACCCCUCUGGGGGUCCGGUCCUUGCGACCUCCUCCACUGUCCUUCCCUGUCCUGCGGUCCCGUCGGGCACACUGUCAGGUCUCCACCUCCCCUCGUUCUCUACGAACUUGGUCAGCUGUCCGCCCCUUGCUCGUGUCGCUCUCUAG